AAAUUUAAUAGCCAAUUUGUUCUGUCAAUAGAAACUUUUUACAACUUUGAAAAGGAAAGUCCUCAAACAUUUCGCUAGUCAUAAAUCCAAGGUUGAACACCAAUAAAAAGUUUAACGAUCGCAUUUCGCAAGUUGUCCAGCAAGGGUUUAGACGCUUCGUGGGCCGUCGGAGUCACCCUGGAGGCUGGCACCGAUGUCUCUACACAUUGAUUUUGUACACAAUACAAUGCAGUGAUUCAGUCGUUACCAUGAUUCCUACCAGCUAGUACGACCCUUACCGUACCUUUUUAUUUUUAUUUUCGCCGUAAAAUAUUUUUUUAACCAUGCUAUCGAAUAAAGUGACGAGUAAAAAAUGGAUUAGCGAGGAAACGCCGGACGAAGAAGAGUUGUUUGCUCAUUGCCGAGAGAUGGAAAUGGUUUGUUUUGCAGUUACUAAAGUGAUAUUAGAUUCCGACAACAAAUGGAAGGGUGCAUUGGGAAAGAACAAUUCACAUUCGUUGUCCAAUCGUAACUACAUUAUGGAAUUAGUGAAUAUACAGGUAUUAGAUCAAAUAAUAGAGUAUUUAACGAAAUUAGUGAAGUCAUUUUAUAAACUGAAGCCGAAAUUGGCUCGAUUGAAGAAAGACAACGGUCUACUGCUGAGUAAAUACGAUCAUAUUUUUGAUAAAUUGUGUAGCAUACGAUUUGUGAUGUUACAAGCUAUACACGGACUUAUAAAUACGAUACUGAACACAUGUCUCCAUAGAGAGGAUUCGAGGAAAAUGAUUGAAUCCUGUUUGAGCUUGGUUGGAAUCUAUAACGACUUGAUUGGACUGAGCUACAAAAAAUUCGCUGCAAAGUUCAAUAUCGGGAGCAACACGUAUCCUAACAUUAUUAGCGAAACUAAGAAUCUCACCCUGACGAAGAUUGUACAAGUCCUCGCCAAAAGCCGAGCUGAAAUCAAUUGCCAACGUUUAAUCAACUGCUUAGUGAAAGUUUAUGAGCCCCAUAAUCAUUCUGAUAAUGAUUCAAGUUCAAGCUCUGCGGAGAGUUUAGAAAUCUAUCACACUUUAACGAAACACAUCACCCCGCCCACUUCCACAAUGUCUCGCAACAUGACUGUCGAUAAACGUCGAGACGCCUUCAUAGUGAACAAGAAACUCAAAAUGAAGCAAGCGCAGAGUCUCAUCGAUUUGAAAAACGAACACAAUAAAAGACUAAAUGAGUUGGCGACCACGCAGAACUCGGAUGCGGAAGUCCCUUAUAUCUCUCUCCUGACAAAUGAAUAUACUUUAGAACAUAUAUUUAAUAACGAAGACAAUAUAAAUAGUAUACUUCAAAGCGAGGAGAUGUACAUAGAAAUACUUUUAGAUACAGUGGCGAAUAUGUCACCAAAGCUACUAGGGCAGAAUGGUGUUAAGAAGUUGAAAAACGGCCGUAUUCAAGCCAGCAAGAAGGCAGCUCACAAAGUGACUGACUAUUACCAGAACAUUCUCUGGGGUGAUGUUGGGAGCUGUCUCGAACACAUUGUUCUGUGGUGGUCUCAUUAUCCUUUAGCUAUGAGGUCCCCAAGCACAAGCCAAAAUCUUCGUGAAUGGUUAUUCGCAACUUUCAAUGUGAACAAUACCCCGGAAUUAAUAUUAUCAGCUAUAAGAAUAUUAGCGGAUGCUCUCGGUUGCCACGUAACAUCCACAUCUUGGGAUAAAAAUUUUGGCGCAACUUUGACUACUAAUUUACAAUUGACGACGCAGAAAGUGAAUCCUGAAAUAUCGUUAUAUAUUACCGAGAGCACAGAAUCCGGGGCAAGUUUUGCGUUAAUGUUGCAAUCGCUGGUGAUGCUGAACAACCAAUGUGAGGUGACGUGGGACUAUAUUCUAGGAGCGCCUUUGGAAGACUUGCCUAUUGUAGAGCAAAUACCUAUCUUACAUCGAUUGGAUCAUUCUAUUCACACGUACAGACUGUGGUGUUUAGCGGAGACGCGGCGUCUAGCAAAUCUGUGGGAAAUGAGAGACUUCUUCCGUAUAGCUCAUAAUGAUAUGCAGUCUUGUAUGGAACAGCUUAUCAAUUUGAGAUUUGCUGAUCAUACUGUUACUAUUGAAUCAGGUAAAAUUGGAGUUCAUGAAAACGUUUGCGCCAAAAUGAGAGAGAAAUUAGUUUCCGAAGUCAAAGUUAAUAUUCAAAAACUGAAGGAAGCGAUCGAAGAGAUAGUUUACGUGCUAUCAUCGGUUUGUGCUACGACCAGUUUAGCGCAUUUGACUAUGAUAUUCCCGAGCAACGCGGAGUGGCGACUGGUCACAAGGCCACCACAAACUGUGCACUCUAUUUAUGUGCAUGAGUUUUUAAAUAAAAUGUUGCUACCAGUAAUAAUGGCAACACAAGACAUAACGACAUUGAACAUGGUGCUCAGAAUUAUGUGCGAAUCGUGGCUGCAUCACAUCUACGUGGCUAAAGUUAAAUUCACUAAAGACGCAGCAAUGCAACUGUUGCAUGAUUUUAACGAAGUGAGGAAUUGGCUGAGUGAAUGCAAACCACUCGCUACCGCAUCCAGAAAACAGAUGCUGCAAAACGAAGUUUUGAGAAGGUGUGAAGGUGUGGGCAGGUUGCUGUUACACGCUCCGGGAGAUUUGAUAUCGAUGCAAGACUCCACGUUGCAGUCUGCCCAGCAAGUUCGUAAGGAGGUAUCAGAAAACGACACUCCAGAGCAGCUAAUGCCAGCUGAGAUGUACGUCCCCAAUCAGAAGCAAUGGCUUACGUUACGCGCUAAGAAAAUGAAAGGACCAAUCGCUUUUACAUUAUGCUGCAUCGUACUCUGUUGAUGUAGUUACCAAUAAAACUAUAUAUCUAUAUUAUA